UACAAAAAAAAAACACCUAAAUCACUUUGAAAGUUUUUACUCAAAACCAAACAAAAAAAUUAGCUAAGCUUAUUAAAAUGAGUCGCACGCACAUCUCGUCCGGCAUAAUGAGUCGCAUGCGUGUUUUCGAAAGUACCGAUUCUACAGCUUCCAUCACCGACAGUCCGCCAAAACAUUCAUCAACUGUAACAUCAGCUGCUGCACUAGCUUCACACUCACCCGUAAUUUUACCAAUUUCCACCACAUCGGAGAAAAUUGUGCUACGAGAACCUGGAUCCACAACGAACGCUGGACAAGAGUGGUUUGAACAGAAGCGACAAGCGAUUAGCAGUGCACUCGAGGCGAACGAACGCAGUACAACAACAAUAACAAUGAUGAUGUCGUCGCCACCGCCGGGAGUACAAAAAGAUGCCGAGGGUCUCAUAUUGCCCAGGAAGUUGAUAAAUCCCUGCCUGGAGUCAAAUGAACGCCAACAGCUGCAUCGAGAGCUGAAAUUCAAUAAUAAAAUUGGCAAAAGCGUGCUAAAUCAAAAAUCCGAACUGCAGCGCGCCUACGAGAAGCAACGUGAACGGCAACAACGCCAACAACAUCAGGACGAUCUCUCACCCACCGCCGGCCUUAAAGCUGAACUGAAUCGUGUGAUAAUGGAGCGUGCGCAAAAGCACGAACGUCAAGAGAGCGGCGAAGAUGAGGAGGACAAGCAAUACGUGAAUCCGGAGUAUUUGAAUGCGCGAGCGAAACUGCGCCAGCAGCGGGCGAGCGAGCUGAAAUAGAUGGGGCUGAAGGGGGGAGGGAAUCAAAACCAAAUAUAAGAACAACAAAACAGCACCCGCGCAUCCAACAAUAAUAAUAAUACUAAUAAUAAUAAUAAAAUAAAAUAUAAAAAAACAACAAAAAUCAAGAAGAAAAAAAAACACAAUAAUAACAAAAACAAUUAUCAACUCAUUUUCGAUACGUAUGGCAGUAAUUUUAGACGAUUUUACUUAAAAUUUUAUUUUAUUUUAAUUUAAUUUAUUUGUCGAAGUGUACUUUUGGGCGCGCAAAAUUGCUUAGUAUUUGUGUUGAAUUUGAAAAUGUUGGAAAUGUGAGAGGACAUAAAUUUUGUUACGUCAAUCAAUUGCAUAUGUUUUGAGUUAUCGCACAUCACUUUUUAAAGCAACACUUUUUAGCAUAAAAUAUUCGUUAAUUCGCUUUUGAUUCGAAAUUGGAGAUAUUUUUUUUGGAGAUAUUUUACAUGUGUAUGUGUUAUCGAUAUUUAUAAAUUAGCAUAAUUUUGUUUGUAUUGUUGUCGACUUAACUUAAAUGUGUAUUAAAUUGGCUAAUUUGUAUUUGCACUUCGUUCAGAAUGCUGCGGUUUACCGGUAUAGGCUCACAAAAUUACUUUUUAAGCUCUGCGUAUACAAAUUUUUUAUGUAUUUUUUUCUGCUCUUAGUUUUAUUUUAAAGUAUUCGGUCACUAACCAACUUGAAACAUAAUUUUGGAAUAAGCUAAAGUAUUUUGUUUUUCUUUUUCUACUUCUUAAUAUGCUAUUAUCCCUUCAUUUUUGUGGUAUUUCUGUAUGUUUCGAAUCUCUGCGCUACUUUUAUUGUUUGAUAUUCCAAUUUUGAUAUUAUUUUCCAAUUCAUAAAUCAACAAAAUGUGCUAUCAAUCAUCUAAUCUAAUUAUAUGAAGAGUGACGAAAUUUAAAGGGGAAAUGAUGUUAUUUUUAUACAUACAAACACAUUUAAACAUAACUGUAUUUGUAAUAAUAAUUAAUUAUAUAUAAUUGUAUUGUAUUGUAUUGUAUUGUAUUUGUAGUGAAACUCUGACGCAAAAUGUCCUUUGACAACAAACAAAAACAAAAAAAAAAACAUAAAACAAACCACUCUGUAUGAAACUAUGAAAAAACCACCA